AUGUCUCGAACAGAAUUAAAUGACGGGUUUUCGGGGUUCAAUGUGGAUAGUGAGUCGCUACGAUCCUUCUCAGAAACUCUGCCCGAUGAGUACCAUGAAUGGGUAUCAGAAUCUGGGAGAAACUCCCGAUCGGAUCGGUCCAGCAAUGAGCAAAUCCUGGACGAUUUCCCUAACCCCCCUAGCAAGGCGAAAACCCUCGACGCCAUUGCAGAGGAAAACACCUAUUUAUCCUCGCAGCCCGAUCUACUCACACAGCCUGACGAACAAGCUUAUCCAACCCCAAAACCUUCUAUCAAGAAUAUGCGACGGACCGUCACAACCAACGAGCUUCCUUUGCUCCAGGAGCUCAAUCCUUUCAAUGGCGCAGAGGAGUUCAAUCCUGUCAAUGAAGAGGGCGCCUCCUAUGACCUGAUUGCGCCGUGGGACGGUGUCGACGCGCCACUUCAUAAGCUCGAGCGUCUCUCGGAUGUAAUGUUUGGAACAGAGCAUAUGCUUCAUAUUCUCAAUAACCCGCGAUAUCUCGCGCGAUUUCGAGAGUUCCUCCUGGAAGAGCGGCCCCGUUCUAUUUCCACACUUACAUACUAUCUGAAUGCAGCCAAAGCACUGAAGGCAUUAGAGUAUGCCAAUUCCCUAGUUCGACUCUCAAUUGACAUUCCGCCGCCGGCUGUUCAGAUACUCCAGACCGACACAGAUGCGGUAGGCGUCACCACAAACCAGAUUCUCGAGCAGCGAGUCCAAGAUGGUCUCAAAGCGCUGACAGCGGAAGAGCUACCUGCUUUCAUCACAUCCCGGUGUAUCACUAUCACUAGUAAGAUCGUGGAAGAACGUGUGCGCGGAACAUUGCCGAUGAAGUUCCGAGAUACUUCGAAUGCGUUGGCUGAAGUCUUUUGCUUGACGGAUCCGUCCCGUCCGGACAAUCCAAUCAUCUUUGCAUCGGAAGAAUUCCACCGCACCACCCAGUAUGGGAUGGACUAUGUCCUUGGCCGUAAUUGCCGGUUCCUCCAAGGCCCCCAGACGAACCCUAACAGUGUCCGUCGAAUCAGAGAAGCCUUAAAUGCCGGAAGGCAUCAUUCUGAACUUUUUUUGAACUACCGCCGCGAUGGCUCUCCUUUCAUGAACCUCCUACAAUGUGCCCCUCUCUGCGACAGCAAGGGCAAUGUCAAAUACGUAAUCGGUGCGCAGAUCGAUGUCUCUGGGCUCGCACUGGAUGGGGCCCAGAUGGAAUCAUUGAUCGAGCUCCAAUCUCGCUACCGCGAUCCUGAUGAGGAAAGUAUCGCUGAGAUGCCCGAGCCAGAACACAAGGACGAAUUUCAACAAAUGUGCGAGCUAUUCAGUCCACGUGAACUAUCCACCAUUCAGGACCAUGGCGGUGAUCUCUUUCAGCCUUUGAAUACUCGGGUCCCUUCGCGUACUAAACGCCACUGGCUUCAACGUGGAGGAUCGAUGGAUAGCGAAACAGAGGCUAUUCGUCUGCGUGAUUUGAAAUCGCCUUUAUUGCGUGGUUCCUUAACAGGGGUCUAUGAAAACUACCUCCUCGUCCGACCUUAUCCCUCCCUCCGCAUACUCUUUACUUCUCCUUCGCUCCAAAUCCCUGGCAUGCUACAGUCCUCAUUUCUGUCGCGCAUUGGCAGUACAUCCGCCGUAAAGGAGGAAUUGAUGGCUGCGAUGCAGCACGGCCGCAGCGUGACAGCCCGCAUCAAAUGGGUAACGCGCUUUAACACGGAAGGACGCAAUCGUUGGGUCCACUGCACGCCUCUUUACGCAAGCAACGGCCAGGUUGGUGUCUGGAUGGUGGUAAUUGUGGACGAUGACGACGAAGCAAUCGUUAAUUGGCGGAACUAA